AUGCCCCAGUACAUCCUCCGUAUAUCUCUCGAGCACAAGUCAUUCCGCAUACCUUCCCUCCUGUCCAUAUCUCAGGUGUUCAACUUCCCUAUACGGUUCAUCUCCAAAGACAAGUACAGGGGGAUAUUGAUCGUUGAGCUCGAAAAGGAACAAGAUGUACACCAUAUACUAGAACGAGAUACUCUGGUUUUAUCCGCGAGUGAGCUAUAUGCCGCAGGAACAACCUACUCCGAGUUACAUGAUCAAAUGCGAGGGAAUUUGAAAGUGCUAGAACCGUAUGAAUAUGCGAGUUUCAAGUUCACGCUGGAAGGGGCCAACCACAGGGUGGUUGAAUCUAGAACAACCGAAACAGUUGAAAGUUUCGCUUAUACCGAUUUGAAAGGUAAGAUUCAGAUGAAAGAUCCAGAAGUGGAAUUUGUCAUAUAUGAAGAUUAUGACUUUGAAAUUGCCCAUACGAGUGAAGCUAGGUAUAAAAGAGAUGGCAAAUUCCGACAUGUCUACUUCGGACGACGAGUAGGAUUCGGUAAAGGUAGAUUAUUACCUACCAAGCACGACGUGAAAGCCCGAGCGUACUAUGGAAAUACCUCGAUGGAUUCGCAUAUGGGUUUCCUAAUGGCUGGUCAGGCUUUGCCUGCACCAGGUAAAAUUGUCUAUGACCCAUUCGUCGGAACAGGUUCGAUGCUUUAUGCUUCUGCUCACUGGGGUGCGUAUGUCAUGGGAAGUGAUAUCGAUGGUAGACAGAUACGAGGGAAAUCGAAAGGAAAAGAAGUCAAACCUGGUAUUCUUCGAGCAGCAGCUCAAUACGGUACAGAAGACCUUUUCUUAGACUGUCUGACUUAUGAUGUAACGAAAAGUCCCAUACGGAGAGGUGGAUGGGUAGAUGCUAUCAUAACGGAUCCACCUUACGGUGUAAGGGCAGGAGCGAAGCGUCUGGGCAGGAAAGAAGGUGGAAAGCCAUUGAGAGAUGAGCCAUACAUGUUUCCCGAUGGAACGUAUUCGCAUCAACUUCCAGGCUACCUCCCACCUUCUAGACCCUAUGAACUUGCCAAUCUUACCUUGGAUCUGGUCCAAUUAGCAAGAUGGCUUUUAGUCCCAGGAGGUAGAUUGGUAUUCUUCUUACCGACAGUAAACGAAGACUACCAAGAAGUGGAUGUACCUGUUGUGGAAGGUAUGAAAGAGCUCAAAGUCGAUGAAGGGAGUGUGCAAGACUUCGGUAAAUGGGGAAGAAGGCUAAUAACGAUGGAGAAGACUGCACAAGAUGAUGGGCCACCGCCGACAUUUGAGGAUCACGAGGAAUUCGACGCAAGGAACCAACCUGAAUACUUACCUGGACAUCAUGGUUUCAGAGAUAGAUACGCAACUGGUUUCUCGUCACGGAAGAGGAGCGAGAACCCGUCUCCAGUGGAUACUCCGCCGAGCUUGGAACCGAUUGUGCCUGUGAUAUCAGGAGAUAAGGUCUAG